AUGACCGACCCAACGACAGAAAUCAACGUCGACCUCGACGUCCAAGAAAUCCUCCUCGCCGCCUCCCAACACGACAUCCCCAAGCUCCGCCAACUAAUCCGCUCCAACCAAACAAUCGCAAACCCCGUCAAUGUCAGAGACCCCGAAACGGGGUACGCGCCGUUGCAUGCGGCAAUUUCGGCCUGCGAGCCUGACGUCGACGAGCCGAACGGCGUCCAGACCAAUGGAGAGCAGACAGACGACCAGAAGAGCGUUGUGGAGAAGGGCUCGGCGACUGUGAGGCGACUGGGGUUGGGCGAGUUGUAUGAGCAGAUGGUUGAUGCUGGUGUGCGGGCUGAGUUGCUUUUGAACCGGUUGGAUGGGUAUGAGGAGCUUGAGGAUGAUGAUGAGGAAGAAGAGGAGGAGGGAGAGACGGCUGAAGCUGGGGCUGCAGAGGUGGAAGUGGAGAGUGAAUCUGUUCCUCAGUUGGUCGAGGCUGCUACAACUUCUACUGAGACGGGUCCCGAUGUCACCAAUUCCCGGUAUCUUGAUUCGAAUUUGACAUUCCAGAAUGACCGCUUGCUGGACCAGGAUCAGAACGGUGUGAUGAUGGCUUGGGAGUCGGAUAUUAUGGCCAAGUCGGCGAAGAAGCUUCUGCCUACGUCUGGAUUGCGUGUUCUGAAUGUCGGACAUGGUAUGGGUAUUGUGGAUGGCUUCAUCCAGGAGCAGUCGCCUGCAGAGCACCAUAUUAUUGAAGCGCACCCGGAGGUUGUCGCUGAGAUGAAGCGGAAGGGCUGGGGUGAGAAGCCGGGUGUUACGAUCCACGAGGGCCGAUGGCAGGAUAUUCUCCCUGACUUGGUCGGACAGGGAGUUAUGUUUGAUGCCAUUUACUACGAUACAUUUGCCGAGUCGUACGGCGACUUCCGGGAGUUCUUCAGUGAGCAGGUCAUCGGACUGCUUGAACAAGAAGGAAAGUGGAGUUUCUUUAACGGUAUGGGAGCGGACCGACAAAUCAGCUACGAUGUCUACCAGAAGGUGGUCGAGAUGGACCUGAUGGAUGCUGGAUUCGAUGUUGAAUGGGAGGAGAUUGCGCUACCCAAGCUGGACAACGAGUGGGAUGGCGUGCGCAGAGCCUACUGGCAGAUUGAAAGCUACCGUCUGCCUCUCUGCAAGUAUAUGGAUUAG